GAACUAAAGAGACGGAUGUGCCCUCGUUAUUUUAUUUAAUUGCUGUUGUGGUACUCUUGCAGUAAAAUACAAACUGUUGCCUACAAAUUUCGCAGAGAAACCUAUAAUAUAUCUCCGUCUUCCCUGACGUCUAGGGGGAAUCAUCCGAUGGCUGCGAUGGCGGUCAGAGCCUUCUGUUCACCCCGCCGGCCCCUCCGCUCCGAUGCCUUCCUCCUCCUUGUCCUCUUUCUUGUAUCCGUCUCAUGUUCGACCUCCGAGCCGCAAGGGUUCUGUGCUGUUGGGUACGAGUCGGAUUGUGGUUUGUCGUCUGAGAAGAUCUUGAUCAAGGGGGGAACCGUGGUGAACGCUCAUCGCAAGGAGGUGGCGGAUGUGUACAUCGAGGAUGGUAUCGUUGUGUCUGUGAGGCCUAACAUCAAGGUUGGUGAUCAUGUGAAAAUAAUUGAUGCAACUGGAAAGUAUGUCAUGCCAGGUGGAAUCGACCCUCACACUCACCUAGAGAUGGAGUUUAUGGGAACUGUGACGAUAGAUGACUUUUUCACUGGUCAAGCUGCUGCUUUGGCUGGAGGAACCACCAUGCAUAUUGACUUUGUUAUACCAGUUAAUGGGAACUUGACUGCAGGUUUUGAGUCAUAUAUGAACAAAGCAAAAAAAGCAGUAAUGGAUUAUGGCUUUCAUAUGGCCAUAACAAAGUGGGAUGAGGGAGUUUCAAAGGACAUGGAGUUGAUGGUUAAUGAGCAUGGGAUCAACUCUUUCAAGUUCUUUAUGGCAUACAAAGAAUCAUUGAUGAUAAGCGAUGAGCUCCUACUGCAAGGCUUGCAGAAGUGCAAAUCCCUUGGUGCAAUCGCGAUGGUUCAUGCAGAGAAUGGAGAUGCUGUUGCUGAAGGACAAAAAAGAAUGAUAGAUCUUGGGAUAACAGGCCCAGAGGGGCAUGCUCUUUCGAGGCCUCCAGUGUUGGAGGGAGAAGCUACUGCAAGAGCUAUCCGCUUGGCCAAUUUUGUCAAUACUCCCUUAUAUGUGGUUCAUGUUAUGAGCAUUGAUGCCAUGGAGGAGAUUGCCAAGGCCAGAAAAGCAGGGCAAAGGGUCAUUGGUGAACCUGUAGCUUCUGGGUUAAUCCUUGAUGAUUCUUGGCUUUGGCAUCCUGACUACACUACUGCUGCAAAAUAUGUAAUGAGCCCUCCAAUAAGGACAUCAGGACAUGAUAAGGCUCUUCAAGCUGCCCUUUCAACUGGUGUCUUGCAACUUGUUGGGACUGAUCAUUGCGCUUUUAACUCGACUCAAAAAGCUCUUGGUUCUGAAGACUUUAGAAAGAUCCCAAAUGGUGUCAAUGGUAUAGAGGAAAGAAUGCAUCUAAUAUGGGAUAAGAUGGUGGAAUCUGGACAAAUGACGGUUACUGAUUAUGUUCGAGUGACAAGCACCGAGUGUGCCAAAGUAUUCAACAUUUACCCACGUAAAGGAGCUAUACUGGAAGGAUCUGAUGCUGAUAUAAUCAUAUUAAACCCCAACGCAAGCUUUAAGAUAGCCGCUGCUUCUCACCACUCAAGAUCCGAUACAAAUGUGUAUGAAGGGGCGAAAGGAAAGGGAAAAGUUGAAGUCACGAUUUCACAGGGAAGGGUGGUUUAUGAAGAUGGUAAACUGAAGGUUGCCCCUGGCUCUGGCAGGUACAUAAGAAUGCCACCUUUUGGCUAUCUUUUCGACGGCAUAGAGAAGGCAGAUGCUGCAUAUUUUGCUUCUCUUAAUGCUCCAAUCCAACGCACGAAAUCUGCAGCUUGAGGUUAAAUGGUAAUGUACUUUAGAAUUAGCUUGUAAAAAACAAAAUAAGUGAUAGAAACGAUGAACAAAAAUACAACUUCAGAAAAAGAUAGAUUCUGAAUUGAAUAGUUGCGACAAAUUCAGUUCUACAAUAACAGAAAAAGUUCGUCAUCA